GCUUCCAUCGCUCUGUUUACCAGGAAGAGGCGGAGUGUGUUCCUUUCUCUAGUUCUGUUGCUUUUAGGCAGAAGAUGGAGCUGCCGGAGACCAUCAGAAAGCGCUUAGAUGACUUUUCUCGCAAUAUCUUAUUUGACCAGAGUCGAAUUGUGACGUUCACCGAAGAAAACGACGGAUUCUUGCCUCACGAGAAACCAGUUCUGUCCAGCCUCCAGCUGCAGAUGUCGCUGUAUUUUAACAUGUGGUUCUUCCCCUGCUGGUGGAUCAGUGAAACUGUUAUGCUGCAUCUCAAGUACCCCGCCUUGCCAGAAUACUACAAGUUCAUCCUUGUGACUAUUCUGCUGCUGAUGACUCUGAUUGAGGCCAUCAGACUUUAUCUCGGAUAUGCUGGAAACCUGCAAGAAAAGGUUCCGGAGUUGGCAGGCUUUUGGUUGCUCACCAUCCUUCUGCAGCUUCCCCUCAUCCUCUUCCAGCUAUUUAAUGAAGGCAUUCUCAUCCAGCCUCUGGAGAGGGGCGUCCACAUAGUGCUCAUCGUAUUCAUUCUCAUACAGGCUGCCUCCGGUUUUGCAGCGCUGCGGAACAUGGUUAGACACACAGGGAGUCAGUUUCAUCUCCAACAGUUUGACUGACUUCGGAGGCUCAGACAUCCACGUCUGUUCUGGUGUGCAAUGAGUCACAAGGAUGCCUUCUUUCUGCACAUUUCUCAAACACUAAGGGCGAUGCUAAAAAAGGACUUAACACGCGUCAAGUGGUUGAUAUUUUCAUAUGAUUUAUAUUUAAAUAAAAUAUUUAUUUUUGUAUUUUA